UCCGGGUUUUCUUUUAUUCCAGAUGAAAAACAACCUUUCAAUUCAUAUAUAAAGAUAAUCUAAGAAGAAAUCUUGAUUUCGAUUACAAUGGAGGGACCUUCAAGCGAGCAGCCAUCUGUUCCUGCUCGUAGGAAAAAGAUGACCAAACAAUUAACGGGAAAACGUGAUGAUACGUCCCUUCAUGCUGCGGCAAGAGCUGGGAACCUUGCCGUGGUGUCAGAAAUCUUAACAAAUACCGAGGAGGAUGAGCUGAAGAAACUGUUGCCUAAACAGAAUUCAUCCGGUGAAACCGCCCUCUAUGUCGCAGCCGAAUACGGUUAUGUCGAAUUGGUUGAGGAGAUGAUCAAGUAUUAUGAUCUUGCAGACGCUGGGAUGAAAGCUAGAAGUGGCUUUGAUGCAUUCCACAUUGCUGCUAAACAAGGCGAUUUAGAGAUAUUGAAAGUGCUUCUGGCAGUCCAUCCAGAGUUGGCAAUGACCGUUGAUUUAUCGAACACCACCGCAUUGCACACGGCAGCAACACAAGGCCAUAUAGAGAUUGUGAAGUUCUUAUUGGAGGCAGGUAGUGGGCUGGCUACCAUAGCCAGGAGUAAUGGCAAAACAGCUUUACAUUCCGCAGCAAGAAAUGGGCACGUGGAAGUUGUGAGGGCCCUUUUGGCUAGUGAACCCGGGAUUGCACCGAGGACGGAUAAAAAAGGUCAGACUGCGCUUCACAUGGCGGUGAAAGGCCAAAAUCUUGUGGUGGUGGAAGAACUGAUCAAAGUGAAUCCUUCAUUGAUGAUAAACAUGGUCGAUACCAAAGGAAAUACGGCCUUGCAUAUAGCUUCCAGGAAGGGAAGAGCUGAGAUUGUUAAGUUUCUGCUUGGAUACAAAGAAACCGACACGAAAGCUGUUAAUAAGAGUAAUGAAACUGCUUUCGACACAGCUGAGAAAACCGGGCAACCUGAGAUAGCUGCGACGCUGCAGCAGCAUGGGGUUCAAAGUGCUCGAUCGAUCAAGCCUGCACCACAAAAUCCUGCCCGGGAGUUGAAACAGACGGUGAGCGACAUAAAGCAUGAAGUGCACAAUCAACUAGAACACACCCGACAAACUCGAAAACAUGUCCAAGGCAUUGCCAAAAGGCUCCACAAAAUGCAUUCCGAAGGCCUCAACAAUGCAAUAAACUCCACCACUGUUGUUGCCGUCUUAAUUGCCACAGUUGCCUUUGCUGCCAUUUUCCAAGUCCCCGGUCAGUUUGUGGACGAUGAAGAAGACAUCCCUCCUGGAUUCUCCCUCGGAGAAGCAAAUAUCGGUGAAAACCCUGCUUUCUUAAUAUUCUUCAUCUUCGAUUCCAUUUCCCUCUUCAUUUCCCUGGCAGUUGUGGUGGUUCAAACCUCGGUUGUAGUCAUUGAGAGCAAGGCAAAGAAGCAGAUGAUGGCUGUUAUCAACAAGUUGAUGUGGUUGGCUUGUGUGCUUGUUUCGGUGGCAUACUUAGCCUUGUGUUUUGUCGUGGUCGGAGACCAAAGAUGGCUAGCUAUCGGAGUUACCAUUAUCGGAGCAGGUAUAAUGCUCACGACUUUAGGCACUAUGUGCUAUUGGGUGAUUAGGCAUCGGAUCGAGGCUUCAAACAAACGAAAUAAUCGAAGAUCGUCAAUGGAGAGCGUGUCACGAUCCUAUCCAUUGUCUAUGAUGUCAGAUAGUGAAAUACUAAACGAUGAGCUCAACAAAAUGUAUGCCAUCUAAUAAGACUCGAUGCUCACCCACAUUACCUAUGGCAUUACAGUUCGUCU